AAAAUAAAAGAGAGGCCAACAAGAUAAGAUACCAUUAUAAAAUGUUAAAGACCGACCCGAAAGAAUGCUAAUGUUUAAAUUAUCAGCAAAGAGCCAAGAGAGGAAACAUCACACAUUGGUGACAAAAAUUCUUAGGAAAACCAAUUAAUUAUGGAGGUGCACAAGGUGGUUGCUCCACCACAUAAGAGCACGGUGGCGAAGCUUAAGACAAGACUGAAGGAGACCUUCUUCCCGGACGAUCCCUUAAGACAGUUCAGAGGACAACCAAACCGUACCAAACUCAUACGCGCCGCUCAAUACAUUUUCCCUAUCCUCCAAUGGUGUCCUGAGUACAGCUUCAGACUACUCAAAUCCGACGUCGUUUCAGGUCUCACUAUCGCCAGUUUAGCUAUUCCUCAGGGGAUAAGUUACGCGAAGCUAGCAAAUUUACCACCAAUCGUUGGUCUAUACUCGAGCUUUGUGCCACCGUUGGUAUAUGCGGUCUUGGGAAGCUCAAGAGAUCUAGCAGUGGGACCAGUCUCCAUAGCGUCGUUGAUCUUAGGAUCCAUGCUAAGGCAACAAGUAUCACCCGUAGACAAUCCUCUUCUCUUUCUACAGCUAGCCUUCUCUUCUACCUUCUUUGCUGGUCUCUUUCAAGCCUCUCUUGGAAUCCUCAGGCUGGGAUUUAUAAUAGACUUUCUAUCAAAAGCGACCCUAAUAGGGUUUAUGGGUGGAGCAGCCAUAAUUGUAUCACUCCAACAGCUAAAGGGUCUGCUUGGGAUAACUCAUUUCACAAAGCAAAUGAGUGUGGUCCCUGUUCUCUCCUCUGUUUUCCAACACACCAACGAGUGGUCAUGGCAAACAAUUGUGAUGGGAGUUUGCUUCUUGCUCUUCUUGCUCGCGACACGUCACCUCAGCAUGAAGAAGCCGAAGCUGUUCUGGGUCUCAGCCGGAGCUCCACUUCUUUCCGUUAUCGUCUCUACACUUCUUGUCUUUGUUUUCAGAGCCGACCGUCACGGAAUCAGCGUCAUCGGGAAAUUACAAGAAGGUUUGAAUCCACCGUCUUGGAACAUGCUUCAGUUUCACGGUAGUCAUCUCGCACUCGUCGCCAAAACCGGACUCGUCACCGGAAUCGUCUCCCUCACGGAAGGAAUCGCAGUGGGAAGAACAUUCGCAGCGCUAAAGAACUACCACGUAGAUGGAAACAAAGAGAUGAUCGCCAUUGGUCUAAUGAACGUAGUAGGCUCUGCCACAUCUUGCUACGUCACAACCGGAGCAUUCUCUAGAUCAGCUGUAAACAACAACGCGGGAGCUAAAACCGCGGUUUCAAACAUCGUGAUGUCGGUCACGGUUAUGGUUACGCUUCUCUUCCUAAUGCCGCUUUUCGAAUACACUCCCAACGUGGUCCUCGGUGCCAUCAUCGUGACCGCAGUCAUUGGUCUAAUUGACCUUCCCGCGGCCUGUCAGAUAUGGAAGAUCGAUAAAUUUGAUUUCUUUGUGAUGCUUUGCGCGUUCUUUGGUGUCAUUUUCCUAUCCGUUCAAAACGGUCUCGCCAUUGCGGUAGGGCUAUCGUUGUUCAAGAUAUUGAUGCAAGUAACAAGGCCGAAAAUGGUUAUAAUGGGUAAUAUUCCGGGAACGGAUAUAUACCGGGAUCUUCAUCAUUACAAAGAAGCACAAAGGAUCCCAGGAUUCCUCGUCUUAAGUAUCGAAUCUCCUGUCAAUUUCGCCAAUUCUAACUACCUCACUGAAAGAACAUCUCGUUGGAUUGAAGAAUGCGAAGAAGAGGAAGCUCAAGAGAAGCAUUCUAGACUUCAGUUCUUGAUUCUUGAAAUGUCAGCCGUGAGCGGUGUAGACACAAACGGAGUCUCCUUUUUUAAGGAACUGAAGAAAACAACCGCGAAGAAGGACAUUGAGCUUGUGUUUGUGAACCCUCUAAGCGAAGUGAUGGAGAAGCUACAAAGAGCUGACGAACAAAAAGAGUUCAUGAGACCCGAGUUUCUCUUCUUAACCGUCGCUGAGGCCGUUGCGUCGCUAUCUCUUAAAGGGCCACCUCUCAAUAACGUUUAACUGUAAUUUUUUGGGUCGGUCCAAAAAUGAUAUUUAACGGAUGGUUAAAUUUUUCCUUUUUGUCUCUUUUCAUCUUUUCAUUUCAGUACAGAUGUAAUGUUAUGUUUCUCUCUCUCUCUUUCCGGUAAUGAUUUUGGUCAAGAUUACAAGAUAUGUUUAAUAUGAGUUUCGCCAUUUUGUAGUA